AUGUUCUUCGAUAUCUGCGGUAUUUUCUUGCAGCAGCGAAGGAAUGAGAAGGAAAAUUUCAUUAAUUUCUCCACCAUUGUAACUCUCUCUCCAUCUCUCUUUGUCUCUAUUUCAACAACUCAACAAAGGAGUCUGAGACAAAUACCACCGGAAAAAUGUAAUCAAUUGAGUGGAAAAUGUUUUUUGGAAGAUUACACUACGCUAAGACGAUGUUUUAUAGACUUCCCACCGCCAUCAACCCUUCCUCCCCUUUCCAAGUCGCUUUUUGUAACCAACCUUCGAAUCUUAUCGUCAACUUCCAAACAUUAA